AUGAAGAAAAGGGAGAGUACACAGCUUCAAAGGGUAAUAGGAUAUUUCCACGGAACAAUUUUCUUAUUCAGUGUCAUAAUAGGUGCAGGGAUAUUUAUUGCCCCUAAAGGGGUAUUAAAAUACUCCUCGCUCAACGUGGGGGUCUCCCUAAGCAUUUGGGCUGCUUGCGCCAUAGUGUCUAUGAUGGCUGCCCUGAGUCACGCAGAGCUGGGGACCACCCUCCCUAGAAGUGGAGCCCAGUACUGUUUCCUCAAGAGAUCCCUUGGACCCUUUAUUGCUUUCUUCUACAUCUGGGUCACUCUAUUUAGUGCGCCGGCAGGCAUUGCUGCACGUGGCUUGUUACUAGCAGGGUAUAUCAUGCAGCCCUUCUAUCCUGGAUGUUUCGUUCCUGAGAUGCCAAAGAAAUGUUUGGCGUUGGCCAUUUUAUGGUGUUUGGGAAUUCUGAAUGCUCGAGGAGUGAAAGAAGUGGCUUGGUUUCAGACUGUCAGUACGGUGGUGAAAAUGACAGUUCUCUGCUUCAUCUCCAUAACCGGAAUCGUGCUGCUGGUGAGAGGAAGGAAAGAGAACCUCGCCAGGUUUGAGAACGCUUUCGAUGCCGAAGUUCCAGGAGCCUCCCAGAUUGCAGAAGCCUUCUUACAAGGAUUAUAUGCAUACUCAGGCUGGGGAGUCCUCGUUCGAAUAGCAGGAGAGCUGAAAAACCCCGGUGAGAAUAUCCCCAAAUGUCUGAUUACUGCACUUACCCUUGUAGCCUUGACCUACCUACUGGUUAACAUUUCCUACCUGGCAGUCCUGACUCCAAAGGAGAUCAUGUCCUCAGAUGCUGUUGCUGUCACCUGGAUGGAUAGAGUAAUCCCUUCCAUGCAAUGGGCUAUUUCAAUCGGUGUUUCUGCCUCAAUAUUUAGCUCCCUUAAUUGCACUGUAUUUUCAACAUCAAGGAUAUUGUAUGUAGCAAGCCAGGAGGGUCAGCUACCUCUGAUCCUCUCAACUCUCAAUAUCCACUCCUGUCCACUUGUCGCUGUGAUUCAGAUACUCAUCUUUGCCUCCAUUAUAACUAUUCCCUCAGACUUAAUCCUUUUAAUAAGUUACGUGGGAUUCAUUGACUGGAUUCAACUUGGGCUAAUGAUGAUGGGUUUACUUAAACUGAGAAUCCAGGAGCCCAACCUACCCAGACCUUAUAAGGUACGUUUGCCAUUUGUAUUUGGAACCAUGGCCAUGUCUUUGUUCUUGGUUUUGACGCCCAUCAUCAAGUCUCCUAAGAUACACCAUGUCUAUGUUCUUCUUUUUCUCUUCAGCGGACUUUUGUUUUAUUUGCCUUUUGUUCACUUUAAUUUGAAUUCUCCAUAUUUCAAUAAGAUAACUUGCUUUUUACAAUUACUAUUGAAUGUUUCACCUGGCAAUGACACUGAUGAAUGUAUUUCAGCAGAAGGAACAUUACAGAAAAAUCCACCUGAAAUUGCAGCAAAAAAAGAAUAA